CCCCUUCUCCCCUCCCUCGUCUUGACCUUGACUACAACUGCAGACCAUCAUCACCCCACCUCGUCUUGCUCCCUCCGUCCCUUCCCCUCUCCUGUUACUUUCGACAUCGACAGCGCCUCACACAAGAGCAGCUCGUCUGUCUCUGCCGCUCCUUCAAGAAUAGCACCCCUCACUUGAAUGUCUCCGCCAUAGUUGGCCCAUCUCGAUGGCCGCGUCAAAGUACAAGGAUAAGGACGGCGGCGUCUUGCUGAGCUUCAACGGCGUCUGGAUUAGCUGGUUACACACCAUCGUCGCGUACACCGCCUUCUUCAGCGCCCUCGUCGUCGGCGUCUCCCUCCACUACCACAAGAUCGUCCAGAACGAGUGGUUCGGCUACCCACAAGAAUGGUUCCCUUCCGUCUCUGCGACCAUAGGCGACCGGUAUCCCGAGCGGUCCUUCUUUCAGCUCUUCAUCGCCAUAACCUCAGGCCCCAGGUUCGCCCUCGUCGCGUUCUGGUAUCUCCUGUCGCGUAAGCCGGGUACCAAGCUGCCCGGCUUUGUCGCGUUCUGGGGCCUGUUUCGGACCUUCACGUGCGGGGGCUGGACAUAUGUCACCUCCACUGAUGACCACGACUGGCACGAUAUCUUCAUGAUCUCCUAUCUGCUCGCCACCAUUCCCUGGACCUUUGGCUGCAUUGCUCUGAGCCCACCCAACCCGCAGGCAAUCAAGUACCGAAAAUAUGUCUCUGGCGCCUUCUACGGCAGCAUCAUCCCUCUGAUCUACUUCUUUAUACAGCACAAGGUCCACCGCGUCCCCGGAGCUUACACCACGUACGCCUUCUUCGAAUGGUCCCUCGUCCUUCUCGACGUCGCUUUUGACGCCGUCACCGCCCUUGAUUUUGACUCAUUCGAGGUGGUCAUAAGGGAUGUAAAGGGCAUCAGCAAGGGUGCCACUUUCUCCUCCGUCUCCUCCGCUGAACUUGAGAAAGAGAAGGAGAAAGCAACAGCAGGCGUCUUCGGACGACCGUUUGGCACGAACGAGGCCAUCGAUAUUGUGGCGGACAUCUACCAUGGCUUCGUUUUCUGGUCCAUCCUCACUAGCCUGGGUGUGUUGGUCUGGUUCUUCCCAUUAUGGUAUAUGGGUAUCUCGGGAUUCGAGGCUGCCAUCAUGGGCACUAUCUCGCCCUUCCUCCUGGGCAUCUCGCCGUUGAGGACGCUGAUCAUACGGAACCUGCGGACAGUCCACCUGCUAUCCCUUUCCGGUCUGCUCGCCUUCCUCGUUACUGAUCCUGUUGCCCGUCUUGGUACCGUCACUUUUGCCGUCACUAUGCAGUGUCUGGGUUGGUCGGCCACUUUCUACUCUGAAUCUGUCCACGAAGGGCGACUCGAGUCCAAGAUCCUCGCAUUCCUCGUGGGUUUGCUCAUGUCCACCAUCGUCAAGUUCAUGUGGUGGACCAAUAACCCUAUCUGGCCUAUCAUGCAUGCUGCCAACGGAGGGUGGAACUUCACCGGUUUCGCACUGGCCAUUCCUGCCGCUUUGAGAUUCACGCGCCGCGGAGCCCUUAAUACGGGCAACGCCGAAUCGUUGAGGGACGGCUCCGUGCUGCUGGCCGCCUGUAGCAUUGGUGGGCUAAUGUUUGGUCUGCACUCCCUGCUCUCCGACACCAGCACCAUGAUUUUAUGGGUUUGGGACGGCUAUCCCAUCCGUGGCCCGACUGCAAAUACGUCAGCCUGGUACACUAUCUUUGCCAUGACAGGAGGAAUCCUCCUUGGACUCUUUCGGCCGCAGCUUGUCAGCUCUUACGGCUUCUAUGGUAUCGGCUGCGUGGGUGCUGCGGUCCUGACCUACUUCCACCACUGGUUCGGCUACUUCGGGGCUCUCACAGCAGCCACCUUUCUCAUGGCGGUAUCAUUUCCUAUCAUCAGCAAUGCCUCCAAGAAAAGUCCCGCUUCGACGUUCGGAACGGGCUUCUUCAUCUAUAACAUCAUGCUGCUCUUUCACGUCUGGGUCGUUGCAUACGCUUUCGUCCCCGGCGGGCCGCUCGUCCGUGAACACACUGACUGGGUGAUGAUGACCACGUGGCUGCUCAUCGGUGCUGGCGUGCUCGACAUCAACAACAUCAAGAAUAGCCGGCGCGCAGGAAAGCGGCCCGUCACGACCUCCGCUCCCAAGCCGCACAGGACCUACCACUUGGCUUCUCUUGGCGUGCUCAACCUGCUCUUCCUGGGCGCGGCAUUCCUGCGCUUCCCUACCAACGAUUAUAAGCCUUAUCACCCUGACGAGAACCUCAUUACGGCAGGCAUCUGGACGAUCCACUUCUCGCUGGACAACGACAUGUGGUCGUCUGAGAUUCGGAUGCGUGACCUCAUCAAGGAGAUGGAGCUGGACGUCGUCGGUCUGCUGGAGAGUGACAACCAGCGCAUUAUUAUGGGCAACCGCGACACUACUCAAUAUCUUGCCGAGGAUCUCGGCAUGUACGUCGAUUACGGCCCUGGUCCUAACAAGCACACUUGGGGCUCUGCGCUCCUCUCCAAAUUUCCAAUCGUCAACUCGACGCACCACCUCCUGCCCAGUCCUGUGGGCGAGCUUGCGCCCGCUAUUCAUGCGACCAUUGAAGCGUACGGUCAGCUGGUCGACGUCUUCGUGUUCCACUCGGGCCAGGAAGAGGACCCCGAAGACAGAAGGCUGCAGACAGAAUAUCUGUCCAACCUGAUGGGGACUGUGACGAACCGACCUGCCAUCCUGCUGUCAUACCUUGUGACAAAGCCCGGCGAGGGUAACUACAAGACAUACGUCUCGGAGAUUUCAGGUAUGCACGACAUCGAUCCGACAGACUGGGACAGGUGGUGCGAAUAUAUCUUAUACAAGGGCCUUCAUCGCGUUGGGUACGCGCGUGUAAGCCGGAGCACCAUUACCGAUACCGAGCUUCAAGUCGGUAAAUUCGUGGUGCCGCGCUCGGAGGAGGAGCUGGUGAGGGCUCAACAGCAGGACGAGGUUGUGCGGGAUAAGAGGGUGGGAGAGGCGGAGGUGCCAGAAGGCGCAAGAUUCCCUGCCCUAUUCAAGGGCGAAGGUGUAAGGGGCCAUCGAUACCAUGUUUUCAAUGGGCCGAGGUAUUUUGGCGGGCAGAGGUAAUAGGAGAAGUAGGUGGUUAAUGAAGUGAGGAGAGAAUGGUAAGUAUGGGGCUGAACUGUAAUGAGGUGCGCUACAGCAAGAAGGAGGACGCACAGGCCUAGUGAGUCAUUGGGCCUCGCACAGAAAGGCCUUCAAUUGUUUCCUGGUUACUUUGUAUGCAUGUUGAGAUGCAUUAUGCAUAAUGACUUGAUUUCACGACAAGUGAGAAAAAUCUGUAAAGAUUAUAAUGAUGAUUUCCUCUUUGU